AGAGGGCAGUCCUGCGUGGAACUUCAGAAGAGAUGCACAUCCUGACGACGACGGCAGUGUUGGCGGCGCUGGUGGCGGCGGGCUGGUGUGAUGCUCAGAGCACUGUACCCCGACCUCGACCCUUCCGCCCCUCCUUCCCCUCCACGCCCUCCUCCUUCCCCUCCACGCGGCGCCCCUCUGAUGAGCUCGACAACACCAUCUUCUCCACGGACUCCGACAAGAACACCUUCCCGAGCAGCGGCUCCUCUGACGGCUUCUUCGGCUCGGGUCAGCCUGGGGACAUCUUCGUGCACAACCCAUCAUCCCAAGGCUUCGGCAACCCCUCGACUUCCUUCGGGACGCCUGCGCCCACCACCUUCGGAUCCCAGGGCGGCGUAAUAGGCCAGCCAGUGUUCCUGACGCCCAGUAAUGUUUUCGUGGGGCAGCCCAACACCUUUUCCUCGCAAGGCUUCGGCCAGGGAGGUCUUGGCCAGGGAAGUUUCGGUCAAGGAAGCUUUGGCCAGGGAAGUUUCGGUCAAGGAAGCCUUGGCCAGGGAAGUUUCGGUCAAGGAAGCCUUGGCCAGGGAAGUUUCGGUCAAGGAAGCCUUGGCCAGGGAAGUUUCGGUCAAGGAAGUCUAGGCCAGGGAAGUUUCGGUCAGGGAAGUUUCGGUCAGGGAGGUUUCGGUCAGGGAAGCUUCGGUCAGGGAAGCUUCGGUCAGGGAGGUCUUGGUCAAGGAAGUUUCGGUCAAGGUAGCUUCGGCCAGCCCAACAGCUUCUCGGGGCAGGGAGUGUUCCGCCAGCCCGGCACAUUCACUGGGCAGGGAGUGUUCGGGCGGCCCACCGUGUUUGCCACGCCUGUCACCAUCGGCACUGCCCUUCCGCGGCAGGGCGGCACCACCUUCAAUACCGGCCUGGGCUCGGGCAGCACCUCAGGCAGCAGCGGCCGCUUCCCCUCCAACACCCAGUUUGGAACACUUACCCCCGGCAGUUUCGGCGGCGCCAUCCCGGUGAUCGUGGGCUUCACCCAGGGCGGCAUCCCCGUACCAGGGCUUCUUGCAGGGUCCAGUUGGUUUCUCACAGACGCCGUCUGGAGGCUUUUCACAGGUGCCCGUCAACAGCUUCGGCCAGGCGGUGGUGCCCUUGGGCUUCAACCAGGUCCCUGUGAAUAGCUUCCCGAGCUCCGCUAACGUGCCCACUGUUUUCCCACCACCGCCCGUCAGCACCAACCUGGACACGCAGUCUGGCGGAAUCUUCGGCACCACCUCCAGCGAUGACCGGCGCCGCCCAAGCUUCGGCAGCAGCAGCAGCAGCAGCAGCAGCACCGGCAGCACCCUCACGCCUCGCUUCCCUCUCCCCAGCCGACGGGUGUUCGGUGGGGGCAAGUCCGGCACUUCCUCUGAUCCUUCCGCCUCCGCCUCCUCCACUUCCACCACCAAGACCGAAAAGAAUUAGUGACCUCCAUGGUGCGUCUCCUCCUCCCUGCCGUCCUGCCCUGCCCUGCCCUGCCCUGCCCUGCCCUGCCCUGCUGCCUCGUGCCCUCCUCCGCUCUGACCUUUUUCCUUAUUCUACGGGUUAUGUCUGAGUGAUUUCCUUGUUACCUUGAAGUCACCUGAGAGAGAGAGAGAGAGAGAGAGAGAGAGAGAGAGAGAGAGAGAGAGAGAGAGAGAGAGAGAGAGAGAGAGAAUGUCUCCAGGUGAAUAUUAUCUUUUUAUUAACUAUUUAGCAGGAGAGAAGAGGUUAUAAACACACACACACACACACACACACACACACACACACACACACACACACACACACACACACACACACACACACACACUUGGCUUACUGGUUCAGUCCUCUACCGUCGCCCUCCUGACCGCGAUUCGAGUCCCGUCGAUCUGCUUUUCUUUAAUUUCCUUGUAAGUUAAAUAAAAUAUACUGAUCUUGC